UUGUCUCCGUGGACAGUCUGCUGCGGCCUAUAGAUUGGUGUUAUCAUUUUUGGUCGUUUUCCUUUGUCAAUGUCUAGUAUUAUGAUGUGAAUUGAAGCCUCUCUUCCGCUGAAGGCCGAUAACAGUUCAGUUUCGAUGAUAAAUAUUCUAGUUGAUGAAUAAUUGUGCUGUAUUUACAAGAAUUUCGCGAGACAAAAAACACUGCUACUGUAAAAUCGGGUAGAUUUGUAAUGAAAUUAAAAUGUUCAAAAUUGAAUCGUACAUUACACCGAUUAUUCUAAGCUACGUUGAAAAAUAUGUGAAAAAUAUUCGCCCGGAAGAUUCCCAGGUGUCACUAUGGGGUGGCGAGGUUGUUUUCCAAAAUUUGGACCUCAAACUCGAUGUGCUGGAGGAAGAACUGGCUCUGCCGUUCCAGUUCCUUUCCGGACAUAUACACGAGUUGGCAAUUCGGGUACCGUGGACAAAGAUCGCAUCGGAACCGAUUGUGAUUACCAUCAAUACUAUUGAAUUCGUACUGAAACUGCAGGAGCCGGGCAAUCGUACCGCUCCCCGAAGGGAUGCAAGCAGAAAGAAUAAAAAUACUGAAGAAACGCCUCCUCCGGGGUAUAUGGCAUCGCUGAUAAAUCGGAUUGCGAAUAACAUCACAAUUCGUUGUCACAAUGUAAUCCUGAAAUAUGUGGAAGAGGACAUCGUUGUGUCGAUGAACAUCCAACAGUUCUCGAUGGAAUCAGCGGACAACGGUUGGAAUCCUGCUUUCAUUGACAUUUCUCCCCUACGAGUUUCGCUGAGGAAACUCAUAAACAUAGUCGAUUUGACUAUUUGUUUGGAUAAGAGAAAUUCGGCUGGAAAGAUUGAAGUAUGCCAAGAGCCGGUUCUAUAUAGAAGUACACUGCAAGCGAGGGUCCUUAUGAAGUACAACAAUGUACGCGCCCAAGAUCGAUCAUCUAUAACGAGAAUCGACAUCCACAGCAAGUUCCUCGAUGUCAACGUGUCGUCUCAACAGUUUCCGAUGUUGAUGCGAUUGUUCGAGCUUGGCCUGGCUUUAAAGCAGGGGAAGAUUAAGAGUGAGACGUCGCUGAGUCAGGAUGGGAAUGCGGACGGUGAAAGGGAGGAAAACCAGGAAUCGCUGAUUUCGUGGGCGUGGAAUUUGCUGCCUUCGUUUUUCCCCGAAGAGAGCGAGAACGAUCACACUGAUGAUAACGAAUGUCAUGUGUUUCACGCUGGGUGUUACGUGGAUCGAUUGAGAAUGAUCUUCAAGACGCAGGAACUGGUUGGUGAAAGUGUGGUUGGAACGGCAAGAAAAAUCAAGUACAAUCCGUUUUUGCAAUUAAAUCUGGAAGGGGUUCAUGGAGAGGUGCUUAUCUGCGGUCUAAAGUGGUUCAACGUUUGCGGAGGGGUUGCCGAGAUGAGUAUCCAAUCGCUAGAAGAUUGUCCAUGCGGUCAUCCUCCGACAGUACAGGAUAUUUUCCAAAGUGAGUCGCAUCUUCAAAGUGCGAAUCAUACAGAGGGCUCUUUUUUUGACACCACUUGCGAAGAAAAUGCGAAAUAUAACAUCAAUUGGAAUUAUCACCUGGGAACAUAUAGCCAGGACGUUUUGUUACAGAGGUCGCCUUCGUUCGCAGUAGAUAUUGUACACGAGGUACAAGUGCCUGAUGAUCGCAGAACCUCCGAGUUUGGCAGUGAUUUGGAAUUUAGUAAUUUGUCCGAAAAAUACAUGAUUCGAGCAUUUAUGGGCAAAUUUCGUUUAAAAGUGAACGCCGACACGCUGCAUCGAAUAAAAACCUUCAUUUCCUACAAGGAUGCGUACGAAUAUCCUCCGUACUACGAAGAGAAGCCCUUUCCAACCAUCCAGCAGCUGCCUCCGCCAUCGGCGGAAGACUAUGAUGCGCUAAUGAGUGAGAUUCCCUUGAAACAAGUACACGUGACAAUUUUGAAUCCAACCAUAGAGCUACAUGCUUUCGAUCAUUCCAAGUUUCAACUGGGUCGUAAAAGAAGUACCCAAGCUACCCAAAAUCCGUCCAAUCCCUACCUGACACUCGAGUUCAACCGCGUCGAAUGCAAUUUGCUAACGCCACUCUACCCGAAUCGGCUCGUUUUCACAACCAGCCAGUUGCCGGAACCUCCAUCCAAACUAUUCGACAGUUGUUUUCAUGCGAUAUCAGGAAAUCUCGAACGUUUGCAGGUUAAAAUACACCAUAACGAUUGGGAAAUACUUAUCGCCACAUCAGUAAAUUUGAACCACCAGCACCGCUUCCUCUUAUUUCCAGAUUUAUGGCCGAACAGUGAGCUCAACAAGACGGAACACAAUUUCGGUGUUUCGGAUUUAAAACUAGUGCUCAAUCCUCAGAAAGCCCUCAUUGCAUCAGCUAUCGUUCAAUCACUCCAUUACCAGUGUGCAUCAUUCCAUGCAGCGCCAAACACAUUGAAUGAUCUCACUUCAAACGCAAUCCCAACGCUGGAUCUUAGCAUCUCUCACUCGCACAUGCGUAAAAUUCUAUCUGAACACACCAUUUGCUGGAAACUUACUUCCCGCAGCCUACGCUGCCUAUCGUACAUUCCCAACAAUUUUUCCUCUCAGCGAUCCCUUACGGCUCUUUGGCCAGACCAUCCUACCGACGAGGAUUUUCUAACCGCUAUCAUCCAACUACCCAUUGAUAAUGUGCUCGCCGACCUGCGGCAUCCGCCCUUGUUCUACGGACGCUUUCUCGACCUUAGCCUCAAUAUGGAUCCUAUUCUGUACGACUUUCUUCGCAUAAUCAUCGAGCAAAACGUCGCAUCUCACGAGAAUCCUUUGGUGCGAUCCCACACCCGUCAUUCACUGAGUCCACGGAAAUCCGUCGAUCGAUUGCUGCCGAAGAAAAGCUCUCAGCCAAUCACCUCUGUACACUCCAGUUCGGACAAAGUGGAAACACUACCUCCGGCGGCGGCGAUGGCUGCCCCAGCGCUCGCCAGUUCCGUCGUGGCGGAAGAUGAUACGGAACGCGAGGACCCUGAUGCGGGGCGGAAGGCUACCGCGGGGUGGGACUUUUGGAAGCAACUCUCACGGCGAAUUAUAUUCCACUUGGAGUUUAACCACUGCACGGUGUACUUCCCGGAGAAAAGCAUCGUGCAGGAUACGGUUGGUGGAUCUGGCCGGCCCGAGGACGAGUUUGGCGACAAUGAGAUCGUGAUGCUGAAACUUCCGCUCAUCACAAUCAACUCCGCCUUCAAAUCUGGCAGUCUAUCCGCGAGACUCAACCGUUUCCCGAUCAGUCUGGCGAAAUCGGUUUGGCCCGACGAUAAAGAUAGCUUCCCGUGGACCAUCUCGCUGGCGGAUGCCUCCAGCUGGACAUACCAAGGUCGCCAAAUGAGCAAACUGCUAGAUGAAAUGACCACCAACAUCUCGCUGGUGUUCAACAUCAAAGAGGAAGAUGGAAUCGCUACAUCCGCCUGCUUCCAUGUAGACACUUCACCGCUGAAAUUAAACGUGUUCAAAGAGCAGCUAGCUCUAAUCACUGCCACUGUCGACAGAAUUCUCUCGAUUCCGUCAUUGCAGUCCUCACGAGGAGGGGAAUCAGGCGGCCGGAAAGAAUUACAGCAAUUGGAAAUAAGCCAAAAAUCUGCCAGCACAGCACCGGUUGCGGAUUUGAAGGAGUUUCUAGACAUGACGCAUAAUUCUAGCGGAGCUUCCGAGAAGACACUGAAGGAAACCAUUCAACCGAACAAGCUCCAGGUAUCGGUUUGGCUACAGUGGACUUUCUCCAAGGUGACAGUUAAUUGUAUCGUACGGAACGACGAGAACCGAUCGAUCGUGAAGCUCGUCAUUGAGCUUGAGGAUAUUAUUUACAGUUUGGACAUGCAGGAAGUUUACCUGCAGGUCAAAGCAAAGGUCGGCGGAAUGAGCGGACAUUGUUAUGAAUAUGAUGAAGAAAAAGCGAGUUGGGUCAAAAAUGAAGCCCUAGGUUUAACUGUACAGACGGAAUCUGGGGGAUCGAGCAAAUCGGCCAACGAUACUUUUCUGAAUUUGACGGUCACCAAAGCUGAAACUACAAACGUACAUUCCAAAUGGGAUGCGGUGAAAAAAAAUCGUGAACAGAACGAAAGUCUGGUUGAGAUAAUUCUGAAAGUUGAACAAAUUGAUUUGCGGUUGGAUCUCGAUCUGCUGGAGCAGUGCGUCGAUGUGCUCGCGAUCUUCCAGCGAAAAAAUGAAAUUCAGGAACCACGAAGUGUGUUGGGAGUGAGAGAUCUCCCGUUGAUAUUGUUCAAUAGCAAAGGUUUGCGGUUGUUCAUUCCUUUGCAAGAAUGUUCCGGAGAUUGCAGCGCUUACAUUUUCAAGAUCAACUCGAUCAUCAUGCAUCACAACGUGGAAAAUCCAAUAUGCCGUGUGCCACUUCGACCAGAUGUUUAUACAAAAGCUGCUCAAAUGCGGAUAUUAAACGUGCCCGGAUCAAAAAUAGAGGACAGACAGUACGAGCUCGUGUUGAAGGAAAUUUCAUUAAGCACUGCUCGCUGGUCAGAUAUCCAAGCAUAUAUCGAAGAACAAACAUCCACCACGAAGCACCACGACAAUCCUGCGUUCGAGUGGAAUAACCUCCAAGAAGCUCAGCGAUCAACUGACUUCGAAGUUAGUACGAUUUUUAAAGAAUUCAACUUUUCGGUCAUCUACGCCCCCUGUAUCAUAUACAAAAACGUUUUAAUCUGCAGCCAAGCAAUGGAGUUGAACUGCAUGUCUGACUUGCUGAUUGACCUAGAUCUGGACCAAUUGCAUCUCGCUGGGAUGAUUUCCCGCAGAGUGAACCAAAUACUUCAAAUAAUGUGUCCACCCGAUCAGCAAUCAUGCUCCUCUCAAGGAAGCUUCGUGGAAAUCAAUCCAACGUUGUUCGCUAGUCAGGCUAGCCAGGAAGCGAUGAGUGUUGAUUCGUCUGCAUACACUCGGGAGCCCGAUCCGCCACGUUUCAGACGCAGUCAUUCCAAGUUGUCCAAAUGCGAGGAGGACUCCGGAGUCGAAUCGUAUCGUGCCUCGGACGUAAAGCGUAUUGGAUCUAGCAGCAGACGAAGUAUGGAAGGUUCUCGCCAGCGGAUGUUUUCGGAGCGGUUGAUCGAACAAGCGAAGCCAUCCACAGGAGCGACCAUCGAUCAGCAGAUUGUUCCUUACGAGAUUUGCUUCCUGGGUGGAUAUUUCAAGGUGAACCUCUACGAGAAGAAAACAGCAGAGAAUGUUCCGAAAACAUUGCUCCGAAUGAUUAUGGCUCAACCAAAUGGUAUGCUGUCGCUCAAUCUUCUGGAGCGGAUAAUUCAGGUGUCGUUAUUUGAUUUGGUGAUCGAGUUACAAGAUGUGCCUCUUCUGAAGACGCUUUCGGGCGAGCCGGAUGAUCUGGGGAUACCGCAACCACUUAUAAAAACGCGAUUUGUGAAGAGUUUGACUAAGAUGAACAACGAAUUGAGCGUAGAUUUCAAGCGACCAAUCAAACUCGCAAUCUCCCAUCAGCGACUGGAUGUUCUGCUGGAAUUGAUAAGUCUGCUGGACACUACAAUAUGUGGACCACGGAACGAAGUACAUACUGGCAAACGUCCAUCGAAGCAUCCCAAACCUAUACUAGGCCGAAACAAGUUCAAACAACUAAAAUCCAACCUAUAUGAUGUGGAGAAAGUAAAUCUUCGACUUUCGCAAAUUAUGAUACAUCUGCGAGACGACGAAGAGCGAGAUUAUAAUUGCAAACUAUCGUUCUCCUCUAUAGAUGCGUCGCUACUAAUACAAGAGCGUCCGGAACGAAUAACCUUCACUCUAAUGUUGGAAGAGCUUGUUUUCUGUCAGAGAUGCUUCGUAAUUGUGCAUCCAUUUUCGUUCAACGCAACCGCAACGUUAACGCAAGAGUACUGGAAACGAGAUCCACUCGUCCAUGUGAAGCUCAGCUCUAGUUAUCUUCAGUUGGAUUUUAAUCCGAAGAAUAUGGCCGAAAUGCGAGCAGUUUCUGAUCAUUUCUGCCGCAUUCUGAUGGCAAAUUCUGGGAACACUAGAGAGGACUGUCAAAAACAAGAGCGGGAUAGCAACGCCAAUCCGCCGACGCUCGAUCCAGAAAAGCUGAUACCAAUCGUUACGCCGGGCUUCUCCCGCAAGGAUUCCAAGGUAACACCCGAGGAACACUAUCAGGAUGACCUUCGGGCGGGGGCUUUCCAAUUCAUCGAAUCUACCAGACUCAACGAUUUGCCUCUACCGUAUCAGAUCAAGAUCACCAAUCGCGACAUUGGAACCAUCUGUUGGAGAUAUCCCCAGCCAAGAGCACUGUACAGUGUGACGGUUUAUCCCGUACCAAUGAGUACUACCAAAACGAUCAACAUUCAGUGCAAGCUGGAAUAUUUUUCCGAAAUCCACGGCGACUUCUUCGAGCUCUGCGGGUUCACCCUAUCCGAAAACGAGAAAGUUCAACUGAAACUUCCCGCGCGUAUCACUGCCUCCUCGAUUUGGCGCAUCGUUAUGACCCACAAUGUGGUCUGUGAAGGGGAAGGCGGCGGCAGCGAAGACGAAGAGCACAGUCCCACCAACGAUAGCACCGACCAGAGCAGAUCGCUGAUCUCCAACAUAACAGAUGUUCUGAAGGAUACCUACCUGUCAACGUCGCGCACUGUCAACCUGCCGUAUCGUUUACAUCCGAAGAUAUUCGUAGCAUGCAUGCGGGUGGAUUCUCUGUUCAAUCCGGACUUGAUUCCCAAUGUGGAAUUCACCGCGGAACUGCGCCCAGUGCAAGUAAAUCUUUUCAACGUGGUCGAGUUCGAAGCGGAUGCCUACUGCCUGCCGAAACCCUUCGAACGGUACCGGGUGUGCAAGGAAACGUUGGAAUCGAAGAGUCACAAGUUCAUCAUGCUGAACGCCAACCAUCUACGAACGCAUGGUGCCAUCUAUGACAGUGGCAAAGUGAUGCUCAGUGGCGAACUGAACCUGCAUUGUGAUUUGCUGGAUUAUAGUCACUUCACGUUCGAGAACUUGCUCGAGGUUGUCAAUGUGAAGGCGGUCGCAGUUCUCGAAGAUGACUUGGUUGAGCUAACCGCCAUAUCAGACGAUAUUCGGAUAAGAUACGGGCCAUCCAUAGGGUAUAAUCUGCUGGUGGCGGAUAAAAUAUGGAACAGCAAUGAGGGAUCAGCGUUGAUUUUCGGGAAGUUCAUCGUAUGCAAUCAUACUCACGUGGGACUCAAGUUCGGCCAAUUCGAAACUGGUGAAUCCAUCUUCCUUGGAACCGGGGAGCUUUCACUUUACGUUUUCAGAAGUGUUCGCCAUCAACAGCAGCUUCAGUUGUUUUUCAACGAAAAUACUAAAGACAUCGCCUCGGUACCAUUCGCUGUCGCGAAGGUGGGUCUGGUGUACGUGAGAAUCCUUCCAGCAUAUGAGGAAGACGUUGAUGACGACAAGUUGUUUAUAGUUCGUAUCGAGAAUCUAAGCAACGUUCAGAAGAGGAUAACAAUCGAAGGUCAGAUUAGCUUCUUCAAUAUGACUAGCCAGCAGUUGAAGCUGCAGUAUCGCUUUUACAAGCUGGUGGCGAACAAUGAUAAGCACUAUCUGUCAACCAGCGUUUUGGUGGAGGGAAAUUCAAGCGCAAAUGUUUUCGGAGCGGCCAACAGUAAAAACCAGCAAAGUAUUAAAAUCUCCAUCGAUGGCGAGAAAAAAGGCUGGUCCGGGGACAUUCCGAUGAGAGAAAUCAUGAACGGUGCUAAGCCAUACCUGGUGAAGAUUCCCACGGGAAUGACUAAAGAAGGAUACAUUAGCUACUGGGUGAGAAUUAUCCGCGAAAGGAUCGACGAAACGGCUGAUAUGAAGGGCGCGUGCAACGAACGUGUUCUGGUCAUUAUUUGGCCACUAUUUAUGGUGCAAUCGAUGCUCACUGUCAACACCACCGCUCACGAGGAGAAGAACGAUAGAACAUUCUCAAUUUAUGGUCAAGCUGAACGACGACAACUAAUAGUUUCUGGUACAAAUACGGACGAACAUGAGCUGCUCUUCAGAAUGAAUUUUUAUUCCCCCCAUGGCGAAGAUAAACGAAGAGCUCUGCUCUCGUACAGAAUAAUUGAUGGGCGAACGUUCUUUCAAGUUCCGGAGCGGUUCAAGAAGGUGGAAAAUGCCAUCAGCAUGCUUCAAAACUGUCACAUCCCAAACUGGCCUUGCUCGAGGGAGGAUGAACUCCGCUGUAAGCGCGAGAAUUCCAUCCAAGAAGCAACCUUCCCACUGUACAACUGCUCAGCACCGCAUGAGCUGUCCUGUUGUCUGAUGCUAAGUAUCGCGCCCUGGUGCCUCUUCAUCAACAAGUUGGGAUGUCAGGUUCGGGUGAAGAAUUUUGUUACGAAUGAGGUCGAUAUUGUGGAACCGAAUAAUAUCGUAAUGCCGCACUACAUCGAGAGUGCCUUCACACUGGAACUGAACGUCGGUUUCCUGUUGCAGUCUGAGUUGAUAUACAUCAGCGGAGAGGUCAAACGACAAGCCUCCAACAGCUACGUGGUGCCCACGGAAGGCACAGUGGUAAUCAAUUUACGAUCAGAGAACGGGAUCACAAAUCUAAUCCUCUCCUCAACCACCGAAAACAACAUAAGGGUGCUCAUCUUGGCAUCCCAAUUCGUGAUAGUCAAUUACUCCAGCUUUGACUUGCGAUGCUGGUCAUUCGGAGUGCUUCCAAAUGAGCGACUGGAUCAGAUCCUUCAGGAUACCACCGGAACGCACACUGCCUGUUUAAGUCUUCCCCGGAACGAUCGGAAGUGCGAAAAUCCCCAGGGUGUCGCGAUCACCGUAGCCAACAACCUAUCCAAGCACAAAAACAAGCUCAAAUUCACUAGCAACUACAAUUACUUCCUCACGUUAUACCAGAACGAUGAUAGCGACUUCUCCACACCGAUUCAUCUCAAUCGUACCGUGUCGCGGAAGAGUUUCUGUGUUCAGUGUAACGAUCGCUACAUUCCACUGUCCCUUUCCAUCAUCGCUCAUCUGGAUCAGCACUACGUCUCCAUCUACGACGAUCAAUGUCCGUCGUUUGCGGUCGAGAAUCGAACCGACUUCAACAUCUAUGUAGCCCAGUCGGACUCUACCAAUGUCAACAAAUCGGCUACUGCAAUACCCGAAUGUGGGGCCGAGUCAAACUUUGUCUGGUAUCAAAUUGUUGGCUCUAGAAAAACGGUUUACUAUACGCCUCCCACAUUGGAUGCGAUCUACCCCGAAACGCAGGAAGUUGACAUUGCGCUUCUGUUUGCAUGUGUGAGCGGCAGCGCAAUUCGAUGGUCCAAUCCGGUGAAACCCGACGAGAAUAAAAACAUUUUCCUCAACAUUCCACUUUACGGUGACCUAAAGCUGACGGUGAAUAUUCGAAACCGAACCACGGAGAUACUGAUAGACUAUAUCAGUCAGAAUCUUGAGUUCUCCGCGAAGGACAUUCGUACCAGACUGCUGAACCCAAUUCCACAAUCUGUUGAUCGGUGUUCGGACUUGGAAUCCGAUUCACCACCAGCGGUCGACGAUCAGUCGAACACUUCGAUGAACACCUUCGAACAGUCGCUACAGUCCAAGCGAAUAUCGUUCCGGGGCUUCUUCAAAUCGCUCAAUUUGACACUGUUCCGCGACGAUGAGACCAAUAAUUGCUCGAAGACGGAUCUCAUUUCGUUCAGUUUCGACCGGGUGGGUGUCGAGAUGAACUCCGGUGUGGAUAACGGCAGGGCGUUGUUACAGUUUGUUAACGUUCAGGUGGAUAAUGAUCUGCACAGCACGGGAGAAUACGAUUUUCCAGUUAUUCUGUGCAGUGAAGAUCACGAGGAUAAGCAGAGAAAGGUCGUCGUAAUACCCAACCAGUAUGGGUUGGAUGAUUGUCUGAAGGAACUGUCGGCGUGCGCACUGUGCUCGAUUUACGCCGAAAUGGACGCAAGCAGCUGGCCGAAUUUUGAGGGACUGAGGUUUAAGAUUAAUCCGAUAAGAGCGUACGUUGAAGAUACGUACAUUAAUAUCCUGUUGGAUUAUUUGAUGGAAUGUCUGCCGAUCAAUUUGCUGUAUCAGCCAGAGACACAGCUGGAGCGAAUAAGGUGUUCCCCGGGACAAGUAUUAGUGCCUAGGAUGGUGAUUCAGCAAUCUUCGUACCUGGCUGAGCCUGUGAAGCUCCGAUAUAUUCGUAUCGAGCCGUUGCAUGUUCUACUGUCCGUCCACACGUGUAUGCGUCUUUACAUAGCAUUAGACCACAGUCCGUUGGAUUUUGCAGCCUUCGAGCGAAAUAAUAUCCGGUCGAUUCCGAUGAGAUUCGGAAAUUCACUCGGUAUGCAUUAUCUGUCGGGAGCGAUCUUUGGCGGAGGCUGGGUUAUAGGAUCGCUGGAAAUUCUUGGCAGCCCCAGUGGUUUGGCUCGAUCCGUUACCAGUGGUCUUCGUGAUUUCGUAUCUCUUCCCGUCCAAGGACUAUUUAGAGGGCCUUGGGGGUUCCUGGUGGGACUAACGCAAGGUUCGACCUCUCUCAUCCGGAAUAUAACUGCUGGUACGGUGAACUCAGUCACCAAGCUGGCCACAUCGGUAGCGAGAAAUCUUGACCGAUUGACGCUCGAUUCGGAACACGUUCAACGAACUGAUGCCCUCCGCAGACGGCGACCCCAGGGAAUGACCGAGGGAUUCACUCAAGGUUUGACCGGACUUGGAAUAAGUAUAUUAGGAGCAGUUGGUGGCCUUGCACAUCAUCCGAUGCAGGCGAGAAAUCCUAUUGGCGUGGUCACCGGUGUCGGUAAAGGGAUAGUUGGCGCGUUUACAAAACCCAUAAGUGGUGCUGCUGAGCUGCUCGCAUUAACUGGCCAAGGAAUGCUUCACAGCGUGGGGUACAACACGAUGCCGAUGCCCAAAUAUGACCGCCAACCGAUUCAGCGACUUGAGCAAAUUCCUUACAAGACGCUAUGGGAACCUCAGGCACUUGGCGAGGGAUCCCUUCUAUUCACGAUCCACGCUACAUUCGUCAGCAAGAACCAGUACGCCUUGGUUGUUGUGGGGCUUUAUUCAAGAUCAUUGGUACUGCUGGACGUUGACCACAGUCAGCUGCUGGAGGUGUUGGACUUGAAAACGGUUUAUCCCAGUAUUGAUGCUGCGGAUCCGACAUCGAUGCUAUUGCGGAUAAGACCAGAGUUACCCCCACCACCGACGGAUUAUAUGAGCUACCCCAUCUCUAGCCGCACGUACCAAUUUGUACAAGAAUCAACAAUGCAGUUACCGAAGCUUUCGCACUACACAAUGCAACCUUUGGUAAGAGCCUCCAGAUCUGUAGCAAUCGAUCGGAUACAAGCGUCUACACCCCCAUUUAUGACCACCCCUGUGGGUGUCGAGUCCUCCGAGCGACCACCCGUCCUGGAGGAUGAUGAGAUGACUGCUAUGGUUCCUCCGACAUCUCGAAACUGCAACGACGUGAUUGUUGAAAUCGAGGACAACAUCGAGCAACUGACGUCACUGGAAGAUGACGUUCCAUCAAUCGAGGACAGCGAGAAUCGGCCCGACGAUAACGAGCGUCGUUUGGUGCUGUACUUGGAAGAAAAGUUAGCACGGUACUUGGUAAAGUAUGUGAAUUUGCUCAAGAAAUGCCAACAACCAGCGGGAACUGUGGCGUUCGCGCCGUUCGAUAGUAAAAUGUAGAACAAAUUUGACACCAACGAUCCCUUGGGAAAGAUAUUCAUUUUGGAAGCGAUUGAAUAUCACUCAAUUUGGAACAAAGAUGUAUUAUUUUUUAUUAGAAAUUCACUGCACCGAUGCAAUAAAAAAUUUGGAUAACCGUACAAUCUAAAUGCUGUGUCAAAGCAAACUAUAGUUUUCACACACACUGAA